AAUAGAGGAAAAAUAUCUCUGAUGGCGACGCACAGUGACCAUGACUUGAAAGCUAUCUCUCCGAGAGGGGUGGCAGCAAAAAGACAAGAUGGAAGCCUCACCAGUCCACGGCAGCAAAAAUCACCAUACCACCACAAUUCUGAUGGAAAGGAACAUGUGAGGCCCUCUAAUCAUAGACCAAGAGAGAACAGUGCUGCAGUAAGCUUUAGCACUAAUAAUAACUCUGUAGUAUGUCUUCCUUUGGUAUCUGAAGGACUAAAGCUAGUGUGGACCCAGUCUGAUCAAACACGUGAGCUGGAUGGUAUCCCUGAACUUGUUCAGGCCUUCAACAUCUUCCCCUAUCCAACAUCUCAAGAGGUCAGCACCCUUGCCCGUGUCUGCGCUCUUCCCCUAGAUAAAGUCAAAGUGUGGUUCAUGGUGCAACGCAUCAAGUAUGGAAUUAGCUGGGCCUCGGAGGACAUUGAAGAGACGUGGCUCAAGCUGGCUAGACCAGUGCGAACAAGUGAAACUGAACACAAAGAGAGCAGUACAAAGAGGAAAAAUGGAAUUGAGGAUUUAAAGGAAACAGAAAAUCAUGUAGAAGAUCUAGCGCAAAGUCCACAAGUGCCUCGUAAAAGACAUAAAAUUGAAAGCACAGAACCAGCAAAGCUCUUUCCUGCUCUCUCACAUUUCCGUUCAUCUCUCCCACCUCCCCAGGAUUCGUACAACUACCGACAGCCAGUAGAAAUCCCAGAAACGCCUCAAGCAGCCACUCCACCUACUUCUACAGAGUCUCCUGUUGGAUCUGAGCAGCCACGGCAGGGGCGCUACAAAAAGUCCAAAGCCCAGUUAGCUGCUUUGCGUAAGAGUUUUCUACAGGAGAAUUGGCCUGAUGAGACAGAGCUUCAGCGCCUACAAGAGGAGACAGGCCUAACUCGUAAUGAGAUUCGAAAAUGGUUUAGUGACAGUCGUUACCAGCUGCGAAAUGGUAGAGGGUUGUCGACAUCCUUCUCCGCUACUCAAGGAGAAAAAAAUGAACCCAACUGCAGUCUAUCAUCUCAGUCUCAGGAGGUUCAGCCUCUUCCUCUCACUACUAAAAAGCAAACAACAGAGCAUGCUGAUGAUGAAGGCAAGGAAAAGGUUCGUGUGAAAGGAUCACGAAAGAAUCGGCCAAAGAAUUCUCAGUUUUUCCAGCUUUUCCUGUCUAACACACUUGAGGCAUUUGAAGAAGGAGCAUUAGUUGUGGACGAGGAGAAAUGUUCAGAGGAAAGUGAGAUUCAGAUUAAUGAAGCUGGAAGCGAUCAGGAAAGUGAGGGACUUUGUUUGACACCUCCAGAGCCAGUUGCACCCACUUCCUCCUCUUCUUCUCCAUCAAUCACCCCAUCUAAAAAACACUCAGGCAGGUCAUUGAAAUCUACACGCUCUGCCAAAGCAAAUGCUUUGAACAACUCCCUAAACUCCUCGGAUAACACUUCAAUUUCUUCAGUAUUAACAGUGGCUGGACGACCAAGGAAAACAAAGGAGCAACUGGCUGUCCUAAAGGAAUACUUCCAGCGCUGCCCAUGGCCAAAGAGUGAUGUAUACACACAGAUAGUGGAACUAACAUCUUUGCCUCGUGCUGACAUUAUCCAGUGGUUUGGGGACACGCGUUAUGCUGUAAAAAAUGGCAAUGUACGCUGGGUGCAUGCUGACGUACGUGACCAAGUGCUUGCUGAGAUAGCAUUGUUACAAAGUGGAGGGGCUGCUGCCGAUGCCGCUGGAACCCUAGGAAGUGAAGGCAACAGGAAACGUAAGUCACAAGGGAACAGCACACCAAAAAUGCAGAAGUCUGCAACAGAUUCUGUAGACCUCAGUCCACUGGAGCAGUAUUAUCGACAGACCGGACCACUCCAAGAGAAAGACCUUGACAAUCUCUGCCGGAAGUCAAAAAUGAGUUAUCAACAGGUCCGAGACUGGUUUGCAUCUAAAGACAGUACAACACUGGACACAGAGAUCACUGUUAUUGAUUGAUUAAUAUAAGAAUGAAAACGGUUUGUGCUCAUGUCUGUUAAUCUGCUGUGAAACCCCUUUGAAGGCACAGUAUAAAAUCACUUCAUGCAGUGCCCUCUAUGUAAAAAAACAAAAAAA